CAAAAACUCUAUUCGCCAUUACUUAGUAACGAUUUUGGUAAAAAAAGGAAAAAAAUUAUAUUUUCUAGGUGGUUUCUGGGAAAAACCCCUAUAAACACAAUUCGCUUAACAUUUUUAAAGAAAGUUUUAGGAAAUACACAAAUAAUUUGAAUAAUUUGCACAGAUAAAAAGUUUGAAGUCUAGACUCGACAGACUAAUCGCUUAUUAAUGACCUCUCUGCCUGUGAGCUUUGUAUAAAAUGCGCUGCCAAUUCGGGCAGCAGUACAUCCACCGCCAUAUAAAGCACCUGGAAUCUUGCAAUAGUUUGUGCUAACAGUUUCAACAGUUCUCCGCGAAAGUUUAAAAUAAAAUCGGGAAAAUGAAAUAUCGCAUUUUUCUAGCGAAACUAUUAAUUUUCUUCUGUCUGGUCGCUGAAACCAUACAAAUCGAUGAAGAGCUCGUCAGCACGGGGCUCGAUGAUCUAACGCCCGAGCCACGCAUCCUUGGCGGUUUUACUGCUGCGGCAGAUCAAUUUCCCUAUGUGGUCUCUGUGCGCGUGAACGGAGAUCACAUCUGUAGCGGCACGAUCAUCUCACAGAAAUAUAUCCUCACCGCAGCGCAAUGUGUUUAUAGUCUGCUACCAAGUUUCCUCAGCGUACGAGCCGGCUCUGUGAAUCGCACUAGCGGUGGUGUUGUUGUUGGCGUGGCAACAGUUAAUGUGCAUCCCGAUUUUCUGGAUUACAACAAUGACAUUGCUCUGCUGAAGAUCGACACAAAGCUCAACUAUAGCAAUGUGAUACAACCGAUUCCCUUGGCUGGUGUUGAUGUGCCCGAUGAAGCGCCUGUCACAAUCGCCGGUUGGGGUCGCGUUCGUGAAGCCGGCACAAAACCCGAACUACUGCAAUACAGUCGCUCAUUGCGUACAUAUAGUAAUGAGAAUUGUACACGUAUAUUCGGUAAAGUUGCACCGAGUAUACUCUGUUUGUUUAAGAGUUACGGUUAUGGCAUUUGUGGCGGUGAUGCUGGUGGUCCUGCGGUUUACAGGGGCAUUCUGGUCGGCAUUGCUAGUUAUCAUACAUCAAAUUGCGGUGUUGCCGUACCCGAUGGCUUUACGAAGAUCUCAUACUACAAAGAUUGGAUAGCCGAAAACUCGUGCAUACACAGCAAUGGUGCUGCUACUGUGCCGAAUUGAAAUGUUGAAAUGGAAGCAAUAAAGAUUUUCUUUAGCGAAUAUUAAAAAUUCAAAAAAUAGUU